CCCGCGGCCUCACGUGACCGCCUUUCCAUCGUCGCCAUUUUGAAGCGGAGUGGCUACCGCAGAGAAGAAGGAGGGAGAGCCGGGAUUACUGCCAUGAAUGUUUUCAGUUAGCAUGAGGAGAGAAUUCAUAUGGAAGAUGCAAGGGCUCAACUGACAGUUGUUCUGAUGAACGAUGCUUUGCCCUGGCACAUGGGAACAUCAGCAAUCAUCACCUGUAAUAAUAGAGCAGAAGAGCAGCUAAGAAGAGUGUUUGGGCUGGCAAGACGAAAAAUUGCCUCCAAACCCUUUCCCUUUUACACCACCUGUUAGACUGGCAAGAACCUGGUAUUAUGGAAGAAGGCAGUAACAUCAUUGCCCUAAUCUCAAAUCUGAGGGAACAGGAAGCUGUCCUGAUUUCCGAAGCCAUCGUAAGCUCAUCAGCAGAGAACGCCAAUGACCCGCUAAAGUGUAAACCCGAUCCCCUCAUCCAGGUCAUUCAAAAGCUCAGCAAAAUCGUCGAAAGCGAAAAGUCACAGAAAUGCGUUUUAAUCGGGAAGAAACGUUUGUACCCCGAGACCCCCAGCCUUCCAGAGGUCCCAUCCAAAGCCCUGGAAUUGCCUGCACUGGGCACCAUCAAUAUAGAAGACUAUUACACGAUGGACGAUCCUCCUCAGAGCAAACGGAAGGUCCUCUGCUACGAGUGUAGCCUCUGCAAGUCCGUGUCGCCCACUCUUCCUCUCUUACAGGAGCACAUCAAGCAACACGGCCAGCAGAACGAAGUCAUGCUCAUGUGCUCUGUUUGCAGUUUCACCACCCGGAGCGUAGAAGAUUUUGAAAGUCACAUUCGAAGUCACCCCGAGAACAGCAGCAAAAUCCAUGCCCUGUUGAAGGAAGAGCAUUGCAUUGGCGUAUCCGGUACCGCUUUGCCUGGGCCGGUAGAAAAAGUCAUCAUCGGCACUGAUCACGAGAUGCAGCCUCCCCAAGGGCCUGAGAAGGGGAGGCGGAAAUGGUACACUUACGAGCAAUACGGCAUGUACCGAUGCUUGAUUUGCAGUUAUACGUGCGGACAACAGCGAAUGUUGAAAACGCACGCUUGGAAGCACGCAGGCGAGGUGAAUUGCUCGUAUCCCAUAUUCGAGGAAGAAAAAGAGCAAGUCGCCUUGUCGGAUUCUUCCACGUUGGAUACCCUCGUCCUGUCCCUAGACAAUAAUGAAGCGGGACUCUGCAACAACCAGCCUGUACAACUUCGCAUUUGCAGCCCCGAGCCGAUGGCUUUCAAAACUGAAGAACCUGUCAAAGAAGAAUCGGCCCUCAGCCAGCCAGCUGCGCUUUCCCCUGCAGACAAAUUAUUAGAGGAGAACACGUCGCGUGAAGAUCUCGACCCAGAUCAUUUGGGGGCUGACAGCUUGCUUUCUUCGGCCCAGAAAAUCAUUCACUGCAGCCCGAACAAAAAGGGCCACGUUAACGUCAUUGUGGAACGCCUGCCCGGCGCCGGAGAACCUGUCUUGCAGAAUGAAGUCAUGGAUAAUGUCUUGCAUUACUCCGUGGACGCCGCCCCUGAACACCCUCCGGCUGGACGGGAUGUGUCAGAUGACGUUUAUCACAUGGAUAAGAAUUCGAUUGAAAUCGAAGAAGUUAUCAUUGGGUGGAGCAGCACGGAAAAGGCCGAAGAUAACAUGAAUCCCAGCCGGGCUAAAACAGCCGAUGAAAAUGCUCCACCUGCCCGGAGGAGAACCAAUUCAGAGUCUUUGAGGCUGCACUCGCUAGCUGCCGAAGCCCUGGUUACUAUGCCAAUCCGAGCCGCGGAGCUUGCCCGAUCCAGUUUCCGGGCUUUCGCCGAUGUAAAUCCUUUAAGUUCGGAGGCUGGGCAGAGGCCUCCCGACGGUGGCUAUUUAGGCCAUUCUAAACGGAUCGCCUCCCUGAAGACGGAGGAACUGACUAGCCUGAACCAAGAGGAACGAGCUUUUGUGGAACUGCAGAAGGAUAAACCGGAGCUCCCCGAAGGCCCCAUUAAAAUGGGCAUCAGCAUGUCGUUGUUGACCGUGAUUGAGAAAUUGAAAGAGAGGACAGACCAAAAUGCCUCCGACGAUGACAUUUUGAAGGAGCUGCAAGAUAACGUUCAGUGCCAACCUUCAGGGGAUGCCGGCGUGUUGGGGAGCAGUCUGGUGGAAUACAUCCCCGACGCGGAACGGCCCUUCCGGUGUCGCUUGUGCCACUACAGCAGCGGCAACAAAGGGUACAUCAAGCAACAUUUGCGGGUACAUCGGCAGAGGCAGCCUUAUCAGUGUCCGAUUUGUGAGCACGUCGCCGACCACAGCAAGGAUUUAGAAAGUCACAUGAUCAACCAUUGCAAAACCCGAAUGUACCAGUGUAAGCAGUGUGAGGAAUCCUUUCAUUACAAGAGUCAGCUGCGCAGUCACGAAAGAGAGCAGCACUGCCUCCCAGAUACAUAUGCCACCCCAACGUUUGACGGCUUAAUGGCUUGCAGUGAAGCAGAUGAAAGAGUUGGGGACAAGAUUUCGGUCCAGAAACUUUACCGUUGCGACAUUUGCGAUUACACAAGCACAACGUACGUUGGAGUGAGGAAUCACAGACGGAUUCACAACUCGGAUAAGCCAUACAGAUGCCGUGUCUGUGACUUCGCCACCACAAGUAUGAAUAGCUUGAAGUGUCACAUGAGACGCCAUCCACAAGAGCAUCAGGCAGUGCAGUUAAUGGAGCAGUUCAAAUGUUCUCUCUGCGGAUAUGUAUGCAGCCACCCUCCUUCCCUUAAGUCUCAUAUGUGGAAACAUGCAAGUGAUGAAAACUAUAAUUAUGAACAAGUGAAUAAAGCUAUUAACGAUGCCAUUUCACAAAGCGGCAGGCUACUGGGUCAUCUUACUGGGAAGAAAGUAACAAAAACUCUGGAAGGCGAUGCCGUUCCUUUUGCCAGUAGCUCCGAAGGCUUGUCUUUUUCAAACUCUCCUAAGCCGACGGCAAACAAAAUAAUGACUUCUGACCACCAUCAGGAUCAAACUCCUACAACCAAUACCUCAAGCGGUUCAGAGAAGCCCGCAGGCCUCCCCUACCUGGGCUCAGAAUAUUGUGUCCUGCUCUUCUGCUGUUGUAUCUGUGGAUUUGAGUCCACCAGCAAGGAGAAUUUGUUGGACCACAUGAAAGACCACGAAGGGGAAAUCAUCAACAUCAUUCUCAACAAGGACCAUGCAGCAACUCAAAGUGUAAACUAAAAUCAAUGUUUCUCCACCUUGGCAACUCGGAAGAUGUGUGGACUUCCAACUCCCAGAAUUCAGUCAAUCAGCCAAUGCUGGCUGGGGAUUUCUGGGAGUUGAAGUCCAGGCGUCUUCAAAUUGCCCCCGUGGAAAUACAUUGAACUCGACAAAGUUCCCUUCACUCCGGAUCUCCAACUUUGCCUGCAAGACUUGCUAAAUCAAAGAAUUUAGGAAUAAGCAUGUAUGUAUGUGUACAUAUUUAUUUGCUCAAAGUGCUUUUCUUCAGCAAGUCUUCGUUCCUGCCUUCAUCCGAAGCCUCUGUUAUCCGCAAAAGAGCGGAUUAUUUUACAAGCUUUUGAAGAAACCCUGACACGAAUAAUGCUGCUGUUUAUAGUUUUAAAAAAAAAAUCCAGAAGUUACCUUUCUACCCACAAAACUAUUUUUAAUGCUUAUUAUUAACCCAAAUGAUUGUGGCAUAGAGAAUUCACCAUGAGGAAUUAACAAAAAAGGGAUUUAACCUUUCUACCUAGAAAUUGCAUCCUGAGGGCAUAAAAUCUGCUUCAGGUAAGUUUUAAAGAAAACCAUCUUGAUGUGACCAUAAAGCAGCCAUUUCUGAGGAUGGAAGCCUUUGUUAGUUCUUCGGCUUCCCAACGCAACCGAUCAAUUGUUUUCCAGGCAAAACUCUUGCUACGUCAAGCGACAUAAAACAAGUUCUGCCUCUUGGUAGAAAUAUUUGGCUGGUUAAUUCUUUUCUUUGAUGCGAUAGAAAAGCAAGUAUAUCAUUGGACCCUCUUUAGCAAAUUUUUUUCCGUUCUACCUGUACAUAGGUUAAGCCAAGAGUCUCCAAACUCAGUAACUCUUAAGUCUUGUGGACUUCAACUCCCAGAAUUCCCCAGCCAGCCAUGAUGGCCAAGGAAUUAUGGGAGUUGAAGUCCACAAGUCUUAAAGGUUGCUGAGUUAGGAGACCUCUGGGUUAAGCAGAUAUUUAUUAGUAUUUCAUUUCAGUGUGCUUAAGCAUGCCUCAUUUUAGAAGGGCCACAAGAUAUAAAAUAAAUUGUUAAUCCAACUCCGAAGCAGUGCAGUCCAAGGGAUCGAUCUAUCCCUCUCUCCCUCUCUUUCUCUCCCUCCUUCUCUGCCUCUGCCUCUCUGCCUCUCAUCAAAUAACAUUGCAAAAUCUCUAUACAAAAGUCCAUUGCAACUCCAAUUAAAAAAACCCUGCGGAAAACGAACAGGUCCCUUCCAGUCUCAGGCAGCUUUUAAUCUGACGGAGGGAUUGUUCCAUCAAAAUGAGAAGGAAGAUUAAUUUCAUUCCUUCUCAUCUCCGGGGGGAAAAAAAGACCUCAGGAAGGUAAAAGGCAUCACAAGGUUUUGUGCGUUCUUAGCUGAGCUCUGCUGUUCUUUCUGACAACCUUGUGACGUUACACCAUUAGGAUUUGGCAGGUGUUACAAUCUCUUUAUGCCAGAGGUCUCCCUUCUUGCCAACUUUAAAUCUUAGGGACUACAACUUCCAGAAUUCCUCAGCCAGCCAUGCAUGCUGUCCUGGGGAUUCUGGGAGUUGAAGUCCACAAAUCUUGAAAAUGGCCAAGUUUGGAGACCUCUGUCUUAUGCCAUGGAUUCCUUUCUCCGCCAGUGAUUUCCAUGCUACUUAACAGUCUCUCUUCUCAGUACUACAAAACCCAUGUUAUUCUUUGUAUGAAAUGCAGUUGGAGGCUUCCUUUUAACAGUUCUCUCUCAGCUCACGUCGCGCCUACUGCAUUUCCUUUCAGUCAAGUAGCUGGAUGCUUACAAGUGGCUUUAUAUGCAAUUUUGAAUUAUUUUGCAAGACUUGGCAAGAUACCUUCCUCUUGUCUAUUUAUUGAUCUAUUUAUAUUUGUAUUUGAGCAGAGUUUAAAACCACAACAGUUUUUACGGUGCUACUUGAGUUGGGUGUCUCCUUCCCUGCCCUCACCCCAAAUAUUUCUGAAGUGUGAAGUUAGGCAAAUGGAAAACUUUGUGUAAAUAGUUUUUCAAGCUUUAAAUGCUGAAUGGGGAAUAGUUUUUGAAAGCAUUUUGUAUUACCCAAUGUAGGAUUCCUCCUUUUUUGCAUUGUUUAAUACUGCAUGUUGUUUCUUUCUAAAUUGUAUGAAAAGAGAGUGUUGUAAUAGUCUGGGAGGACCCCAGAUUUCGCGACUUUAAGACUUGUGGACUUCAACACCCAGAAUUCCCCAGCCACCAUGGCUGGCUGAGGAACUCUGGGAGUUGAAUUUGCCAAGUCUGGAAUUUGAGAAGAGCCUACUGCCUACAGUUACCUGGUAACUCUUGCCAAAAGAAAAAGAAAAAUCAGAAGAAAAUGACAGCUUUUUCCUUUGCCCGACCUUUUACUUUUAUAAUCAUCUACCGCCAAACAAGUUACCCAUUUUUGAUUAAUAGGAAUAUGUCAGGUUAGGAUUACGGUUAGAUAGGAUGUAGAAUGUGGUCGUUUCCAGGGUGUCCUUUAAGACAGCUUUUCUCAACCACAUUAACAGUAAGAUGCAUGGAUUUGAGUUUCCAGAAUUUGGGGGAUUCUGGGAGAUGAAGCCCAUGCACCCUAAAGUUGCUGAGGUGGAGAAACUUUUUUUUUUAAGUAACAGAACAUCUAAGACAGGGGUGUCCAACCUUGGGAACUUUAAGACUUGUGGACUUCAACUCCCAGAAUUCCCCAGCUGACUGGCUGAGGAAUUCUGGGAGUUGAAGUCCACAAGUCUUAAAAUUGUCAAGGUUAGACAUUCCUCAUCUAAGGGGAAACUGAGGGCAUGUGUCAGUAGUGGGUUUCAAAUCCCAUCGCUACCGGUUCGCUUGUGGGCAUGCGUGCGCACGCACCACUUCUGCGCAUGAGCAGAGACGUCCAGGCGGGUGAGCAGAGUCUCUCGCCGCCGCCACUACCGAUUCGCCCAAUCCGGGGCGAACCGGUAGCAACCCAUCACUGGCAUGUGUCCAUUUCAGGAUACUGACUUUCCCAGUCAAGAAAAUGGAAAUGAGACUGGUGAGAACGGAUUUUAAGAUAUUGGACUCCUAUCUUUGUAUUCAUUUUUCUAUUGACAUUUUAUCCUCAAGCAUGAAUUUCUGAUGUGUUUGCAAAAGAGGAAAUUUGGGGGUACUCCUUUAAGCAUCUGCACUCAUACUAAUAAAGAUCAAUAUUUCAUCCCCUUUUGUUGGAAUAAACCAUCUCUUUAUUGUAACCUGGUUAGGCUCUGUUAUAAAAUUGCCCAGGUUAAAAUUUCAUUUUUAAUUUUCCCUUUCAAGCCACGGUAGCUGUCCUUUGUUUAUUUUCAUUCUUCAUAAUAGAUCAUGCCUCUUUAGCACACUACAAGAAAAUGGUAAAAGUAUACGCUUACCGUAUACAACAGCAGUGAAGUUCCUCCUGAAGUUAGCUAUUAAUUUUUAGGCAUGUAAUUUUUUUUUUUUUAAAAUGCACAAGGAAUAAAUAAGUGUAUUUUCUGUAUGUAAUCUUCAACUCACACUGUUAAACAAGAGAAUUUUUAAAAUAAGAAAUUAAGUGACUAGUCAGUACUAAAAGAGUGACAUUACCUUCUUUUGCACAAAAAGCCAACCAAUUUUAAACUGACAUUCUUCAGUCUUGAGCCUGAAAGGAGUUUAUUGAUCAUGUUACUUGCCUUAGGGGGGAAAAAUCUUGAGAUGUACCUUAUUUGGAUGUCAUGAAUUUCCUUUUUAUCAAAAAGCACUUUUCAGAUAUAUAGCAUGUCUUCUUUUUCAGUUUUUGCAUAUUGGUAAAAUGAUGUUUAGACUAGCUAAUUAUACUGUUUGCUUUAAUUUAUGUAGGAGCCGAACUCAGUGCUCUGAAUUAAAAAGUCGGCUUUAGUUUCUAGUUCUUAUCGAUAAACUUCCCGUUUAUACUUCAAGCUGCAGUUUUUAUAUACUCUUUUUAGGGAGCAGAGUUUAUCCGUGAUAGCCACCUUAUUCCGUGAUUGCCUCCCAUUGUAUUCAACGUACUGUAUUGAAUACAUGCUAUGCUAAAGAAUUCAGCAUGCUUCAAGCUGAACCCCCCAGUUGUAAAACUCUGCCAAGAACAGAGUAGAAAAAUAUGAAAAGUGGUUGAAAUCACAUUUGCACUCACUGGAUAUUUGUGCACGACAAGUAGUAUUUAGGUAAGGCGCAUAUAAACACCCCACCCACCCCCCCCAUAGAAAGCAAGCCAAGAUUUGCAUUUUUUUUCCCUAGGAAAUGUUAGCCUGUAGAUGGUUUGAUCUUGAUAUAUGCAGAUAUUAUGCAAAGAUGGCUUGAACCUUAGUGGAUGCAGAAGUAAACCAGACGUCUAGGAUGCGAGAAGCACCAGUGCAAUUCACUCUUUCCUCUCCUGUCUGAGCAGACUAAAAUCUUUAGUCUGAGGUCAUUCCAUACGAUUGCAUUAAAUAGCUUACUUGGAAAACAGAAUAUUAUACUUAACAGGCCCUGCUUCCACAAUUAAGUAUGGCAUUAACAGCGUGGCCGAGAGAGAGAGGCUAUUUUACAGCUUCACACGGCGUCUUUCCCUUGAGAGGCAAGUGAAACGACUGCCCAGUUUCUGAACUUUAAUGCUCUUAUUUAAUCACUAAAUAAAUGAAUAAAAUGUACAGUCGGUGCUCCAAAGUAAUGUUAAAAAUAUAUUUAAUAGACUUUUGCAUUUGAUAUUCAUGAGCAUGGAUACAUUUAUAUUUUUUUAAGAAAAAGAAUUGUAAUACAAUGGCACUGCUUUUUAUAGCCAAAGUAUAAAAACGUAUAGAAAACUGACAUGUAGAAGAUCACAGACCUUGUUGUUGUUCUCUCUCUUUUUUUUUUUUUUUCUUUCUCUCUCUCCCUUAUUGUAUCUUACUGAUAGGAUGGCUUAUUUUGUAAGAUCCGCACAUUAAACUGCAUGCCUUAAACACUCUUUAGAAUUGUCUUGUUUAGAAACGACGGACGCAGGCUUUGUAUAGAGCUACUUUGACUACCUUACGAGAUACUGAACAACAGUUAGAAUAAUUUAUUUUACUUUUACAGAAGUUUUGUCAUGUAUUGACUAAUUGUAUUUUGGUAAUAAACUCCUUUGUUGAUUA